GUAGCACUGAGCAAAAGAAGUGUGGCUAAGGGGGAGGGAAAUGUUCUGUGGAUAUUAAUUUGCAUUUGAACAUUAACUUCAGUUUUACCUUUAUGUUCAUGGUCCAUAAAACUUGCGAGUUUGCGCUUUGCAACAUGAAUCUUUGCAAAAAGCUCAUGUUAAACUUUAAUACUAAAAAACAAAAAAAAAAGUUUGCUUUUGUUGAAUAUUUAUGCCUAAAAUUCACCCCCUGCCCCUGCUCCUGCGCCUGAGGAAAAAAAGUUUUAAAUAUUCUAAGACUCCUUUCUCUUGCAGUUGCUAAACUUUCACUCUUGCUUUUUAUGAUAUCAUAAUUCUAUUCCAUUUUUGUGUACCUUUGCAGGUCACCUUUCAAGUUAAUGUUUUAAUCAUGUAGAAGUCAGGGAAUAAUUUAUAUUUUGCAUGUACAGUCAACUUCCAGUGGGCAGUAGGUGUGUUAAAGUGUUGCUUCACAUAAGUAACUGCUGGACUGGAAGGAGAGGCAACGGCCUGUUUUGAAGUAAAGUGACUUUGUUAAUGAGAUAGGGCUCAGCUACUAGUAUGGUGAUUGCACUGGAAUUCAGUGCAUAAAGCCAUGCUAGUGCUGUGUCAAAGGCUGGGAUAUUUUAUACGCUACCUGUCCCUCUAAUGCAUGUGUAUUAUCACACAUGGCAUUAAUUUCAGAGUUUGUAUAUAUCACGUAGGCCAGAUUUACAGCUGCUGUAACUCAGCUUUGGAACACAUGAGUCUUGUGAAUUUGAAAAUUUGCAUUAAUGUAAGCAAUAACCAUGGACAGCAGCAGCAGAAUUGAGUGCAUCUUCUUCAGUGAAUUUCACCCAACGCUGGGGCCUAAAAUAACCUACCAGGUCCCAGAGGAUUUCAUAUCCCGAGAACUCUUUGACACAGUCCAGGUGUACAUCAUCACCAAACCCGAGCUGCAGAACAAGCUCAUCACAGUGACUGCUAUGGAGAAGAAGCUGAUUGGCUGCCCGGUUUGUAUCGAGCACAAAAAAUACAGCCGGAACGCUCUGCUCUUCAAUCUGGGCUUUGUUUGUGAUGCUAGAGCCAAGACUUGUGCAUUGGAACCCAUUGUGAAGAAACUGGCUGGCUAUCUCACUACCUUAGAGCUGGAAAGUGGCUUCAUCUCCAAUGAAGAGAGUAAACAAAAGCUGGUGCCAAUAAUGACCAUCCUCCUGGAGGAACUCAACGCCACUGGGAAAUGUACCUUGCCAAUAGAUGAAUCGAACACCAUUCACCUGAAAGUGAUCGAGCAGCGGCCAGACCCUCCGAUUGUGCAAGAGUACGAUGUGCCUGUCUUCACCCUGGACAAGGAUGAUUUUUUCAAUGCCCAGUGGGAUCUCACCACUCAGCAGAUCCUGCCAUACAUUGAUGGAUUUCGACACAUCCAGAAAAUCUCUGCUGAAGCUGACGUGGAGCUCAAUUUGGUGCGAAUUGCUAUCCAGAACCUGCUAUACUAUGGGGUGGUGACUCUGGUCUCCAUACUUCAGUACUCAAAUGUAUACUGUACCACACCUAAAGUCCAGGAUCUGGUGGAUGAUAAAUGCCUCCAAGAAGAAUGUCUCUCUUAUGUCACCAAGCAAGGUCAUAAGCGAGCCAGUCUGAGAGACGUCUUCCAGCUCUACUGCGGGCUGAGCCCCGGCACGACGGUGCGAGACCUCAUCUGCCGCUACACCCUGCAGCUCCAGAGAGUGGAUGAAAGGAAGCUUAUCCAGUUUGGUUUGAUGAAGGGCCUCAUCCGGCGGCUCCAGAAGUAUCCUGUGAAGAUAGUGCGGGAUGAGAAAAGUCACCCAGCCCGGCUGUACACAGGCUGCCACAGCUAUGAUGAGAUCUGCUGUAAAACAGGUCAUAGAAGCCUAAAGUCUAGAACAGAUGCGGAACAAACAGUUCAGCCGUGUGCUAGAGAGAGAUGCGGAAGGAAUCUCGUGGCGAUUGCUGAAAGGCUUAAUGGAAAGGCAUGAGCUACCGAGAGCUGGAUGAGAGACUGGAGAAUGAUCCCAACAUCAUUGUUUGCUGGAAGUGAAUCUCUCUUGGGGAAGUACCAGCAGCACCUCGGAGAAAAGAACACUGGAAAAGGAUGGCUGAGCUGUCCACAUCUCGGAGAUGGAUCUGAGACCCCCGACUGUGGCUCUUUCAAGUGACUUGGCUCCUCUAGUGGAGAGUGUGUUGCGUAUGUCAGACUAACGCUGCUUGGAGAAAGAGAUUGAACUCGGGUCGGAUGUCUUUGCAUUCCUGCACGAGGGCAAAGCAUAGGUCCCACGUCUCAGUGCAAAGCAAACAGUGCGUGCUGGCCAGUUGCUUUUUGCCAUGUGCUGUUGAAAUGAUUGGUUCCACGGUGUCUGUGCCGGCCUUCUUGCUGCCAGUCUAGGUCACAUAGAAAAACUGUCAUCGCUCUAUCGGGGAUUGUUGGAGGGUGUCCACUUGCUGCACAUAGAACAUGUGGAACACUUGAGUCAUUGUAUUAAAAGGGAAGGGGGCUGGUUUCCUUUCUAUUCUCAGAAGCACUGAUAAUUUUGCCCCAUCUAUUUCUUCUCCAGCCUCCCAGGAUUGAAGUGAGCUGUGGCUCACGAAAGCUCAUGCUCAAAUAAAUUGGUUAGUCUCUAAGGUG